CUUCCCUUGGGCUCCUCCUGUGCAGACCCAUUCAGAAAAUCUUGACAUGGUCUUUGAAGGGGACACUCCAAUUAUGAACAGCAACGCAGGCCAGGACAAGAACUUUUCAAUCAUUGAAAUCUUCGGCAUGUGCAUAUAUUUUAUCAUCUUAGUCACGGGUGUGAUUGGAAACGGGCUUGUCAUCUUUGUGACCGGCUACAAAAUGAAGACGACCGUCAACUCCAUUUGGUUUCUUAACUUGGCGAUUACAGGCUUCAUUUCCAUUUUGUUCAUGAUUUGCGACACCGCCGUUGUCUUUAAAAAGAUGCUUUGGCACUUAGACGACGUCAUGUAUAAAUGUGUGGUUUUUGUGACCGUGCUCAAUAUGUUUGCGAGCGUUUUCUUUCUGACAGUGAUCAGUCUGGACCGAUGUCUGUGCACAUGGGUGGUGGUUUGGGCUCAGAAUAAACGGACUCUAGUCAAAGCCAGAAUCAUCUGUAUGUUUGUGUGGCUUUUGUCGAUCUGUUGCACCAUCCCUUAUGUCAUUGUUCUCUACGUACUGAAACCCAAAGAUGAAUGUGAAGACUUUAAACGCUAUAUUGACAGCUGCAUGUCUUUGUACACGUACAUGUUUAUGGUGGGCUUUCUAAUUCCCUUCUUGAUCAGUGUAUCUUCAUACAUAGCUAUUGGUGUGCGGGUGAAACACCUUAAAAGAAAAAAGCAGCGUCGGCCAGUCCUGGUCAUUAUUGCUGUGAUUCUGGGCUUUUUCAUUUGCUGGUUUCCUUACCAUGUUUUACAGUUGUGUUAUGUUAGUGCAGUUAAGAAUAACUGGAGUAAAAGUGUUGUCAUGAAACUUUAUACCGCACAACGCUUUGUUAUCUGCUUGGUAUAUCUGAACAGCUGUCUGAACCCCAUUCUCUAUGUGUUCAUGUGUGAUGAGUAUAAGACCAAACUUAAAAGAUCUCUGCUGCAGGUGCUUGAGGGGGCUUUUACUGAGGAUCAUCAGUCUGAACCCCAUUUUCUCUAUGUGUUCAUGUGUGACGAGUAUAAGACCAAACUUAAAAGAUCUCUGCUGCUGGUGCUCAAGAGGGCUUUUACUGAGGAGAAUCUGAGUUUUACAUUAAAUCUCAAACCUCUUAAAGUGACGUCACCGCCCCAGGCUUGA